UAAAUUAUCUUGAAUAAGGUAAAUUUGAUAAUUUAUGUGUAAUGAUAGAAUGCUAAAUGCAAAAUUUAUGGUAAAUAACAGUCAAGACACUCCUGGAAAUGAACUGUGAAAAAAAAAAAAAAAAGAAAAAAAAAAAAAGAGAGAAAAAAAAAAAGGUAUUGUUUUCAAGAACAGCAGAAAGAGCCAUAGAAGACAAAUUUAGGAAGACUGCUUAGGGAGUUCAAGAAAUAUUUCUCAGAACUUCAUUACUUUAGGAGCAAAGACUUCAUAUGCAACAGCACUAGAACCUUUGCUGUAGCUACAGUAGCACUAGCUGCAGCCCCAGAAGACCAAAAGGAUCAGUGACUUAAGACUGUAUCAUCCCUGAAGAUGUCAAUGAAUAAUUCUCCAAAUGUAUUCUUGGAUACAAAUGCUAAUCGGUUUCAAGUUAACAUAAUUAAUGAAAGUCGUGACAACAACGAAGCAUCCCAAGAGGAUGUGGGCUCCGACCCACCACAUUAUGAAGAAACGUCUUUUACUGACGAAGCACACAACAAACUGAGAAUCAGUUACAGACCAGGAAAAAGAGAAUUAUAUGACAACUUCCUUCAAAGAGGGGAAAAAACAGAAGCUAGUUUACAUCCCUAUGAUACUCACAAUAAAAUGUAUUAUCUACAAACUUUUGGCCAUAACACAAUGGAUCCAGUUCCUAAAAUUGAUUAUUAUAGAAACACUGGCAGUGUCAGUGGGAAUAAGCUCAACAGACCAAGCUUAUUAGAAAUUCAUGAACAACUUGCAAAGAACAUAGCCGUGAGCACCAGCUCAGUGGAAAGAGUGGCUAAUGGAGAAAGCACUGCUGGAGAUGAGACAACAGCUAGCAAGGAAGAAGAAAACAAAACAGGACUUGUCAAGUUUGGAUGGGUGAAGGGUGUGCUGGUAAGAUGUAUGCUCAAUAUCUGGGGUGUGAUGCUUUUUAUUCGACUUUCCUGGAUUGUAGGUCAAGCAGGAAUUGGUCUUGGAGUAAUCAUAAUUCUUCUCGCCACGAUGGUAACCUCAAUUACUGGGUUGUCAACUUCUGCAAUAGCAACUAAUGGGUUUGUCCGUGGAGGUCUUGGAAUCAUAGUUAUUGCUCUGAGUGUAGUAGUAACAACAUUAACAGGUAUCUCCAUGUCUGCCAUUUGCACUAAUGGAGUAGUAAGAGGAGGUGGAGCAUACUAUCUUAUCUCAAGAAGUCUAGGUCCAGAGUUUGGUGGAUCUAUAGGACUUAUCUUUGCUUUUGCAAAUGCUGUGGCAGUUGCUAUGUAUGUGGUUGGAUUUGCUGAAACAGUUGUAGAGCUUCUUAAGGAGAGUGAUACAAUAAUGGUAGAUGAGUCCAAUGACAUCAGAAUCAUAGGUACCAUAACUGUUGUAUGUCUUCUUGGCAUCUCUGUUGCUGGUAUGGAAUGGGAAGCAAAGGCUCAAGUUAUUCUUCUAGUUGUUCUCCUUAUUGCCAUUGCAAACUUCUUUAUUGGAACAGUCAUUCCUACUAACAAUGAAAAGAAGGCAAGAGGCUUUUUUAAUUACCAAGCAUCAAUAUUUGCAGAAAACUUUGGACCAGAUUUCAGAGGUGGAGAAGGAUUUUUCUCGGUGUUUGCCAUUUUUUUCCCAGCUGCCACUGGCAUUCUUGCAGGAGCCAAUAUCUCAGGAGAUUUGAAAGAUCCACAAGGUGCAAUACCCAAAGGAACAAUGCUGGCCAUUCUGAUAACAACAGUUGCUUACAUAGGCGUUGCAAUAUGUGCAGCCUCCUGUGUUGUCCGAGAUGCUACUGGGAACAUCAAUGAUACAGUUGUAUCUGGAAUGAGCUGCAAUGGAUCAUCUGCCUGCAACUUAGGCUACGAUUUUUCCAGAUGCAGAAAUCAGCCAUGUGAUUAUGGGCUGAUGAAUAAUUUUCAGGUGAUGAGCAUGGUGUCUGGCUUUGGUCCUCUCAUCACAGCUGGCAUCUUUUCUGCUACUCUGUCAUCAGCUCUGGCAUCUCUUGUCAGUGCACCCAAAGUUUUCCAGGCUCUUUGCAAGGACAACGUCUAUAAAGGGCUCCACUUCUUUGCCAAAGGAUAUGGAAAAAACAAUGAGCCAAUCAGAGGAUACGUUCUCACUUUUGUGAUUGCUAUGGCGUUCAUAUUGAUUGCUGAACUGAAUACCAUUGCUCCCAUCAUCUCCAAUUUCUUCCUGGCUUCAUAUGCUUUGAUUAAUUUCUCCUGCUUUCAUGCCUCAUAUGCAAAAUCUCCAGGUUGGAGACCUGCAUUCAGAUAUUAUAACAUGUGGGUAUCACUCUUUGGAGCCCUGUUGUGCUGUGGCGUCAUGUUUGUCAUCAACUGGUGGGCAGCUCUCAUCACUUAUGCCAUUGAACUCUUUCUAUAUAUUUAUGUGACAUAUAAGAAACCAGAAGUAAAUUGGGGCUCUUCUACACAAGCUCUUUAUUAUAUUAAUGCCUUGGACAGUGCUCUGGCUUUAACUGCAGUGGAAGAUCAUGUGAAAAACUUCAGACCCCAGUGCAUAGUAUUAACAGGAGCUCCUAUGAUCAGGCCUGCUCUGCUAGACAUCACACAUACUUUCACAAAAAACAAUGGGCUGUGUAUCUGCUGUGAAGUGUAUACGGGACCACGCAAGCUGUGCGUUAAGGAAAUGAACAGUGGCAUGGCAAAAAAGCAGGCCUGGCUUACAAAGAACAAAAGAAAAGCCUUUUAUGCAGCAGUGGCAGCUGACAGCUUCAGAGAUGGAGUCAAAAGUCUCCUUCAAGCGUCAGGCUUGGGUAGAAUGAAACCAAAUACCUUGGUGAUUGGAUUUAAGAAGGACUGGAGAAGUGCUGCUGCCUCGCAAGUUGAAAACUAUGUGGGUGUUAUACAUGAUGCCUUUGAUUUUGAGCUUGGCAUGAUUAUCGUCAGAAUUAGCCAAGGAUUUGAUAUAACUCAGGUCCUCCAGGUUCAAGAGGAAUUAGAGAAGCUGGAGCAGGAGAGGUUGGCACUGGAAGCUACCAUUAAAGAAAAUGACUUUGAAGAAGAAAAAAGUGGGAUCUGUGGAUUCUUCAGAAAAGCCAGAAAGCUCAAUAUCUCAAAGCAUGAAACAAAAAAGGAGAGCACCAUUAACACAAUACAGUCAAUGCAUAUGGGUGAAUUCAAUCAGAAGCUGCUAGAAUCCAGCACUCAAUUUAAAAAGAAGCAAGGAAAAGGUACAAUUGACAUUUGGUGGCUGUUCGAUGAUGGAGGUCUAACAAUCCUAAUUCCUUACAUUCUAACUAUCAGGAAGAAGUGGAAAAAUUGCAAAUUAAGGAUCUUCACUGGAGGAAAAGCCAAUAGGAUUGAAGAAGAAAAACUAGUGAUGGCUUCACUUCUAAGCAAAUUCAGAAUAAAAUUCGCUGACAUUAAUAUCAUUUGUGAUAUCAAUAUGAAACCCAACAAAGAGAGUUGGAAAUUCUUUGAAGAGAUGAUUGAACCAUAUCGCCUCCAUGAAAGCUGCAAAGAUAUAACAACUGCCGAGAAAUUAAAGCAAGAGACUCCGUGGAAAAUUACAGAUGCUGAGCUGGAAGCAUUCAAAGAGAAGGAAACCAUAAACAGAUGUGAAGAAGUCUGGCCUCUGGGCAUCAAUACCAACCAAGAAACCCAUCCUAGACAGCCUUGUAUUUUGCCAUCUCUGUCACGUUGGAUCACAGAAUACACUUGGCUUCCAGUACUGCCAACGCAGAAAAUCUUUUGGGCAAUAGGAGUCUCCCAGUGGCAAGAAAAGGAGUGGUGUCUGAUUACCUGUAUAUGGCUUGGCUAGAAAUUCUCUCAAAGAACCUUCCUCCAACUUUAAUGGUCAGGGGCAACCACAAAAAUGUACUGACUUUCUAUUCUUAGAAAGACUUCAGUGCCUAGAACAUCCCAUGCUUGAUUUCAACCCCACAAUUUUAAUGGCAGUGCUUUAUUAAAGACACACUUAUUUAAUACAGAUCUAAAACUUCACUUAUUGACAGAAUAUUUAUCAGAAUUCAAAGCAACAUAGUGGAGAGUUGGACAAGAAAAUGCAAAUGCUCCCUAGUGGUGUCACACUCCAGUGCAGGCAAAAGCAGGAAAAUCCACCUGUAUAACAUGAGACAGCAAAUGUUUUGAGAAUACAAUGAAGAAACUCCACUAAUUUUAUUUAUAUGGUAGCUAAAAUGCUUGUGAUAUUCAUUCUAGAGAGCCAAACUUAUCAGCUAAGUGUAAAAAGUAUUAAAUCUAUAAAUGAAUACUUUUAAAUUGCACUGUCAUAAUUGCUACUAAACACAGAGGAGGAUUAAAAUCAAAUGCAUCGAUGUGGGAGAGAAAAAAAAACAACUGUACAGUACCCAUGAGGUCAACAGAACAGAAACAACAGAAUACCUGUGAUGCUGUUUAAUUAUAUUACAUUAAAAUUAAAACCUAUGCCUACAGCAGAUUCUUUUACCUAAAUUGUAAUGCUUAUUCAAAUGCUUUUAGUUAACUUGCAAACAAAAAAGAUACAUAGAGAUGGAUUCUGUAUGGCAAGAGCUGAUAAUGAAUUUUCAAGCUUUGGCCUGGAAUGGACCUGUAUGAUUUCAAUAAUUAAAGAUGGUAAGUAAAUUUCACAAAGAAAUUAGUCAAAGACUAAAUAUUCUGACAAUUUUUGCCAUGACUGUUAUGAGUUAAUAUAAUUUGAGAUUAUACUUUGGAAUGUAAUAUACAGUGAUUCAUGUAAGUGAUUAGAAAGCAAAUGAUUAGCUGAGUUGAAUGCCUUAUUUUUUAUUUAUAUAAAUUUAUGUUACUUUUUAGACUUUCUAAAUAAUACUUGUUAUACAUUAAGUUGAAAUAAAGGAAAUCCAUUAAGCUA